AUGAUUGGAAUGAUGAAUAACCACACUGUAGAUAAUCCUGUUGAAUUUUAUGCUGGCAGACGUUCACCACUUUCAACAUCUACAGAUUCUAAUAAUGGAAAUGCUUGCAGCAGUAUUUCAGAAGAAGAACAAAAAUUUCUUCAUUAUUUAGAAAUCCGUUUAGAACCAAUUCCUAAGAAAAAAUUAAGUUAUACAGAAGAUGGUAGACGUUGUUAUGACGGAGAACCAGAAAAAAGUAAUGAAAGUCCUGAAGAGAUGUGGGCACGUCUAAUGCUUAAAUUAAGCUGUAAUAAAGCAAUUGAAGGUAAAUAUUAAUAUGUGUCUCUAAAUAAUACACAAAAAUUAAAAUAUUAAAAAGUGGAUUCAGACUUGACACAAAUGCCCAGGAUCCAGGACCAAAAAUAAAAACCCAAGUAAAGUCCAUAGUACAAAAUUCAAGACUUAG